UGAAAGCCGCUGACUGGCAUAGACUAGAUCUACAUCAUAGUAGCACAGAAAAGGGCGCCAUACAGCAGCAUAGCUACUGCACUAGUGAGUACUCGUAGUGACCAAGCUUUCUAUUCAGCCGUGACAUGGUGACGGCUAGCAGAAAGGUUGUAGUUAGCCUUUGGGUAAUCCUGAAAUACAGAAGAUUAUUAUUAUUAUUUUGGUUCAAAUCUCAUUUUGCUACCUCCUGCGCCAGUGCUUGGCGAUUAUCCAUCGUAGAUCAUAUACUCAGUGAAGUGUUCAGUUCCCACAGGAAUAGCUAAGCGUGCAGCAGUAUUGUAUGAGAAGACAGCCAUUGGUCCAGUGAUGGUGGCUCUAACGGAGAAGACUGCUCUCGGUCGAGCACGAGCGAAAUCGCUGGACGCCGUUGUCCGCUUGAACCUGUGGAAUGCUCGUCUCACUGAUCUUUCGAUAUUGAGGCAGAUGCCAAACUUGGAAGUGCUGUCAUUGAGUGUCAACAACGUCGACUCGUUGAAGGACAUAGCAUCGUGCACUAAGCUGAGGGAGUUGUACGUCCGGAAGAACAACGUCCAGUCACUGGACGAGCUCCAGCACUUGCGCACCCUUCUAUGCCUGAGAGUGCUCUGGCUGUCCGAGAACCCUUGUGCCGAAGAUGAUGACUACCGGCUGAAAACCAUUCAGAUGUUGCCGCAGCUUCACUUUCUGGACAACGUGGCUAUUGAAGAUGAGGAGCGUGAAGACGCAUCGUCCGCCGCGCUAAACGAUUCCCAGCUCAGCUCGUCUGGCUUCGGCGCUGGCAGCAAUCAAACCGACGGACGUCUGCCUCAGCCGGUGGCGGCUGCUAGCUCACAGGCCACCAUCGCGUCAUCAAAGGAAAAUCAUGUGCUAUCUGCGGUGCUCACACUGCUGAACACUCUCGACGUAGACUCCCUCCAGACAGUCGUCAUGAAAGCACAGAAUCAGCUGGAGACAACGCAGAGAUUGAGCAGUGGCGUCGGCACAGCAACAAAAGACGUCGGAGCAUUGCUUCGCCCGACGCCAGCCACCGGUGUGAACGCUAAUAGUCAAGUUGUGUCUAGUCGUGCAGUCGACACGGAUUAGCGUGCCCGUACAUUCAUCAUACCAUGAUGCUGAAAGGGGAAUACGGGACUGAACUGAAGCCGUGACUCUUAAACGUGUGAAGCAAGCGCCAAUCAGGAACCGACAAGUUCAGACCAUGGUUACAACUACAUGUACCAGCAACGCGGGACCCAGAACUGAUCGGCAUAUACCUGAUGUGGACAACUCGCCGAAUUAAUUCAACUUUGCACGCAGCACGAUCAAUCUGCCAAGCACCCGCUACAGUUCACCCCAGUUCCCAUCUACGGUGCUGUUCAGACAGCACUUGCAAAUACUGGAUGCACGGUCCAUGCACUUGCAUCUGGAUAAUGACUGUUCUUAGCUUUUCAUCUUGAUUAUUGGGAAUACGUCUGCCUUUGUUCAGCCACAGCUGAACGGAGUUUAUAAUUAUUGACCAGAACACA